GUCUCACAAUAACGUCUUCACAAGGAUCUUCGUCACGGUUUUCUCCCCGCGGAAUAAAUAGAUCCAGCCAUGCCAUUUGAUCGGGGUUGUCGGGUCCGCAACGCCUGGGCCUCAUCCUGACCAGGGCUGGGAGGCUUCCCCAGAUUGUCGCCGACUCCACCAUGUUAUAACCCGCAGGGCAGCCUGCCCAGGGUCCUGAUGGAAGGGAUCAACUUGAGCUAUACGUCUCUGUGUUGGAAUUUUUUUUUUUUUUCUAUCGUACUGUGUGUCUUCGCUUUCAUGGCCACUCUCAAACCCCAAGCCCAGUUGGAGGAGACGGGCCCGGAGAAGGAUGCACAGCAGAACGUGGGCGAUGCUGUUCAGGUCGCGGAGAAUGCCACUACCUUCAAGUACAAGCCCUGGACGUGGAACAUGCUGCGGCUGUACGGCUGCCUGGCGAUCGCCUACCUGUGCGGCUGUCUCAAUGGCUACGACGGCUCGCUCAUGUCGAGUCUGAACGCGAUGACGAGCUAUCUGGACUUCUUCCACAUGAAGACGGCAGGCUCUGGCACGGGGUUGACCUAUGCCAUCUACAAUAUCGGUUCUAUCCCCGCUGUGGUGCUGUCGGGGCCCUGUAAUGACUAUCUCGGCCGCCGUAUGGGCAUGUUCGUCGGUGCUGCGCUCAUCAUCAUCGGCACCUGCAUCCAGGCGCCCGCCGUUAACCACGCCAUGUUCAUGGGCGGGCGGUUUAUUCUUGGCUUUGGCGUCAGCUUCUGUUGUGUCAGUGCGCCCUGCUACGUCAGCGAGAUGGCCCAUCCCGCCUGGCGGGGCACCCUGACCGGCCUGUACAACUGCACCUGGUAUAUCGGCUCCAUCCUGGCCAGCUGGGUCGCGUACGGCUGCGCUGAGAUGAACGGGAACCCCGCCGCCUUCCGGGUUCCCAUCUGGUGUCAGCUCAUCACCUCCGUCAUCGUCGCCGUCGGCGUCUGGUGGCUGCCCGAGUCGCCGCGCUGGCUCAUGGCCAAUGACCGCACCGAGGAGGCGGUGCGCGUCUUGGCCACCUACCACGGCGAGGGUGACCCGGAGCACCCCAUGGUUCAACUCGAGCUCAAGGAGAUGCAGCGCCAGAUCGUGACCGACGCCUCGGACAAGAAGUGGUGGGAGUACCGUGAGCUGAUCAACACCCACUCCGCCCGCCGCCGCCUCAUCUGCGUGAUCGGCAUGGCCUGCUUUGGCCAGCUGUCCGGCAACUCCGUCACCUCCUACUACAUGACCGACAUGCUGCAGGAGGCGGGCAUCACCAACGAGCACACAAAACUGCUGCUCAACGCCAUCAACCCGGUCAUCUGCCUGUUCGCCGCCUGCGCGGGCGCCCGCCUGACCGACAAGAUCGGCCGCCGCCCGCUCAUGAUCUACUCCCUCAUGUUCUGCUCCGUCGCCUUCGCCAUCAUCAUGGCCUCCUCCAAGCUGGCCCAUGACGACCCCCACAACACCAACGCCGCCAACUGCUCCAUCGCCUUCAUGUACAUCUUCAGCGCCGUCUUCUCCUUCGGCUGGACCCCGCUGCAGAGCAUGUACAUCGCCGAGACCCUCACCACCACCACCCGCGCCAAGGGCACCGCCGUCGGCAACUUCAUGUCCAGCGUCAGCAGCGUCAUCAUCCAGUACAGCUCCGGCCCGGCCUUUGCCCACAUCUCCUACUAUUUCUAUCUGGUCUUUGUCUUCUGGGACCUCAUCGAACUCGUCGUCAUCUACUUCUUCUUCCCAGAGACCAAAGAGCGCACCCUCGAGGAACUUGCCGAGGUCUUCGAGGCCCCCAACCCGGUCAAGAAGAGUCUCGAGCCUCGCAACAUGAUCUCCAUCCUCAACACGCUCGACGUCGACGGCGGUGUCAAGGGGGUUUAAUCGGUCUUUUAUCACCUAGGCUAUAGCAUCUAUAUAUGAAUACCCAUCGCAGAAACUACCAUACGCA